AUGUCAUCAGAGCUUGAAUUAUUGAGACAGCGAGUUACUAAACUUGAGGCAGAAAAUACUGGAUUAAAACAAAUCAUAGGAGAAAUUGCUAAUCUUAGGAUCGAAAAUACAAGACUAAAUCAAAUCAUAAAGUUAAAUCGAACUGCUAAUGACUCUUUACAAAUACCUAUUCCACCGCCAAUUAAUGACUACUCUGAUGAAGCUGACUCCGUAAAUCUAGAGCAGACACAAAUUGCUAUUUCUCCCGAAGUUAAUUCUAAUAAUAUCUCUGGACAUAUAGCUAAUACAUCUGAUAACGCACCAAGUUCUGAUGUAAGUCAACCCAUUCGUACAGAUCCUAAAUCGUCGGAAGAUAAAACGGUUGAUGAUUUUCUGGAUCUGAAAGAAAAGGAAAGGGUUAGUAAACAUAAGCGAGACUUUGAGUUGACACUGGGUAUUCCUACCACUCCAUAUAAAAAAGAACUAAAGGUGCAAUCUUUAGCCCUUAUUGAAUAUGGGUAA